AUGAACAAUGCUACCAAGGCCUUCGCUUGUGAUAUCUGCCAGCAGCGGUUCAGUCGCAAUGACCAUCUGAAGCGGCACUACGUGCGACACACCGGACGGCAUCCGUAUAAAUGCUUGUUCUGCAGCUCCGGAUUUGCACGCUCUGAUGUGUUGCGCAAUCAUUAUGUUGGUUGUGUCGAGCGAGCCGGCCGAGAUAUUCCUGCAGUAGCUGCUUGUGAUCAGCGGCGACAGUGUUCUGCUAAGAAGCUCAAAUGCGAUCGGAUAACUCCUUGCGGUACAUGUACGAAGAAGGGCGAGAUAUGCUCAUACGCACUCGACGUUGGGCCAUCGGAAUUCCAGGCAGGGACAGGUUCCGCGGGUGCCGGACAUGUAAGAAUUUCCUCUCCGGUACCACCAGUACAGGAUCUCGCUUCCGAUGUGUGGUUCGCACCAGCCCAAGAUCAUAAUGCAGACAGCUCCUUCAUGACGCCGAACCUCACAUGCUUCGGUUUCACGUCUACGAUCGCUUCUGAUGAGCUUCCGGGAGAUGAUCUGGCACUUUCACCAUCAAUACAAUCAGCACCUGGCGAACCCGAACAACCUUAUGCCAGUGCUCUCAUCAAGGCACUGACGUUGUGCUUACCACAGAUGAGUCAAGAAGUCGACGUCCAAAAGCAGAUGUUCAGCAAGAUCUUCUUGAUGGUCACUGCUCGUAUUCAAAGGCUUGCCAGGACUUACUUUGGGCGUUUCCACCGCAGUGUCGGUAUCAUACACCCCGCAUCAUUUGACCCGAAUGAGGUAUCAGUAGCUCUUCUUACAGCAGUUGCAUACGUCGGUGGUAUGUAUUCGGAAGACAUUAGUGAGAGGGGUGUCAUCGUGGAUGGACUGGAUCUACUUGAGUGCAUGGUCUUUUCUUCCAGGACAUUCAAGACACUCCCGGGCCUCGAAGCGAACAGUAGUUCCGACUGCCAGGAUGAUCAAAUCGCUUUUGAAGACCUUCAGGCAGGUUGUCUAGUUGUGAUAGCUCAACAUUGCUUCGGAAAUCAUACAGCGAAAGCUCGAGCCAUGGAAACUAGAUUUGGAGAGCUCAUAAGAAUUUGUCGAAAACUCGGUCUUCCCGAAAGUCGCCAGAGACUCGAAGAUAGAGAGACCGAACAACGAUGGCUGCGAAAAGAAGCUCGUAUAAGAACUAUGGGAUAUAUCACGUUGAUGGACCGCGAUUUUCACUUCUUCCACAACUUGCCCUGCCGCUUGAGCACUUCAGAACUUGGUUUCGAUACCCCCUGCCCUGAGGCGAUGUUUGAUGCGGAGCAUCCAUAUCGCACCAAAAAUUUCCGGUUUGAAAGCAACGGUACAGUGCUUUGCGCCUCUCAAACUCUUAUGAAAAAUCCUGGAACGAUGACCGACCCGAGAUUGAGAAGCCUCGACAUGAUGUUACUCAGCAGUGUACUCAAUUCCCAGAUUGUCAUAUACCUUGAGCGGGUUAAUACUACGCAGCCAGUUGUCCUUCCCGAGUCUUUAUCCAACGGUGUCAAAAUGUGGUACCAAGUAUGGAAAGACAAGUGGGAAAAUCGAGACGUUUCCGACCGGAUUGAGACUGGCAACUUGGAGGUUUCUCAUGACUACUGGCUUGCGAUCCAGCUGAAGUUGGGCAGGCCAGAUUCCGUGCUUACAAAAGUGUGUAUUGAUUCAUGCAGUAAGCUCCUGGACGACCUCAAGACCAACCGACCUAGGAACUCUAUGGAUCAGUAA